UCUAAUAAUACCUCCAACUAAGUAAGAUUGCCGACGAAUCAAAAGCGGAAUAUUAUAUUAUAUGACGACGAUGUGACAACGACAUUAAAUCAAAUACAUACACAAGUGUCUGUGCGUGAGAUCAACAAAAAAUAUAUUGAAAUUUAUAAAAUAUAUAAAAAAAAUAAAAGAAAAAUUCAACAAACCCACAUUAAAAGUGUUAUGAUUGCAAUGAAAAUUUAAAUAAAAACGAUAUUAAAAACAACCUACAAAAAACAUAUAGCAAACUACAUUCACAAAAUGUAGGCCCGAAAAUAAUGAAUUGAAAAUGUUUUAUACUUUAUUCCAAUUCCAAUACAAAAAAUUAAAACAUUUGCAUGAAGAGAAACAGUCUGUUGGAAAAAAAUUGAAGAAGAAAGAAAAAAACUAAAUCAUCAGAAGUCAGAACACAGCAAAGUGAGUGAACGUAAUUGAAAAUGAAAGCUCAUAAUUUAUACAAAAAAUUCAAAUGAUAUAUAACAAACAAUACACUUACUUCUUACAUCUUUCUACUGCAAUCAUAGAGAUACGCAGAUACCAAAUAUGAAAAAUGAAACAAAUUAACACCAACAACAACAACAACAAAAGCUAAAAAAACAAAAUAAAAAUUAUUAAAGUUUUCUUCUUGAAAUUUUUCUAAAAAGAAAAUUACAUUGUAUAAGUAAGAAAAAACUUUGUAUACAUAUACUUCAUAUACAUACUUAUAUAUUGAAACAUCCGCUGUUGAAAUACUCAUCAUCCAUCAGAUACUAUUCUAUAGUACAUAUACAAUAUUCAUACUUACAUACAUACAUACAUAUAUAUCUAUCCAUCUAUAUGUAGGGAAGUAUGAAAAAUCGAUGCCAGACUCUGUAACUUCAAAGCGGCCAGUCAUCGUAUUCGUCAAUGUGCUGCUGAUGUUUGCUUAGAUUUCAAUAAUUAAAACAAAAUAAUAAAAACAAAAUAAUAAUACAAUUGAACAAACUUUCAAUUUAAUUUAAUAAAAAUCCACAACAACGACAUCAUAACAACAUUUAAUUUAAAACGUAUUAAACGAAAAACGAAUUACCUUCUUCUUAUUAAGUUUAAAACUGCAAAAAGCAAAAAAAAAAAAAAAAUAUUGAAAUAAUAAGUGUAUAGAAAAUUAGUUCUUAUAGAACCGGAAAAAAGUAAUCCUUUUGCAAAAACUAAAGUAGACAACACGUCCUUUACUUUAAAUGACAAGUGCAUCCGUUAUUGAUAAUGCUCCCACAAUCAUUCACAACCUUGUAACACAUCAAAAACAUUAGAGGCCAACUAUUAUUCAAACUUUAAUAAAUGGACUUUCGAUUUAUAGUUACGGUAGUAACUAAAUCUCGAUAGAAAAAACAACAACAAUCAUUUCAUCAACUGCCGCAGCAGCAAAAGUAUCAUAUUUUCGAUUCUAUUGAACAUUUCUCCAAACAGAACCACAAAUGGAAAUCGAAGAGGAGGAAAUGUUAGAUGCUGUUACAUUUCCUAUUGAUGAAAUACCCGAACCCAUUAAAGUACUAGAUGAUAUUAUAUCCGAAUUUGAGGAUCUAUCAUUGAGGCCACAAUUACAAAACAAUGGAGAGAAUCAAUCAGAAGAUGAUGGCUACAUGAGUCUUAGUCGCAAAAACAUGAAAGAGAAACGCGAUUCGGAGGAAAUGUCCCAAACGAGUUCAAGUUGUGCUCCAACCGUGACGCCUAACGAGAGUUUUGAUGCUGUUGACUUGGCUCGUUUUGAGACAAAUGGCAAUUGUAGCAAAGAAUUUAUCGAAUCGAAAACAACAGCAGCCACAACGCCCACUAACAAUGCCAAUAUAACAGACGUUAGUAAUAUAGUGCAAACAACUUUACCUAAGGCACGUACUUCAAACUCAACGGCACCAAGCAACAAUUCUAAUUAUUCUAGUCUUCCAUGUUGUGGACAACGUACCACCAACACAGUUGGUGACCUAAAACUACGUGUUGGCAGCUGUAAUGGUGAAAGGAAUGCGCUGGGUAUUGAUAUCAGUGCUGUUCACAAAGCAGUGCUAAAGGGACGUGUUGCCAAACUGCCCGAACCCAUACUAAAUGAGCAUCCUGUAACCAUAUAUCCCGGUCCCAAAGAUGGCCCUGCUGGGGCGCGUAAUAGUCGGCCAAAACGUUUACAAGCUUCCGUAGAUAAACACAAGGAAGUUUGUCAUAUUCUUAAUCCAGGUAACACAUCGGUUUCAUCUUCAUCGUCUUCAAGUUCACCAGCUAGUACUGGAACCUCUUCUGAUAAUCAGAAUCAUAAAACCAAUUCCUCCUCUUCUAAUAAUACGUUGGAUAAAUUUUUCAAAAAUACCACAGACGACGAUGAUGAAGAAGAGGAAGAAUUGUCUGAAGACUCGGCAGAAGAUCCCUCAGGCAUAACUAUUUCUUCGGAGUCAACGUUACUGACACCUAGGGGCAUAGCUUGGGAAAUUCAUUUCAAGGAUUUCAAAAAGAAAACGAAACAACAUCAACGUGAAAUAAAAAAGAAAUCUUCGACGGCCCAUACAAAACAGGGUAAUCUGAAAUCAUCUAAAGAUGAUUGCAGACAUUUACAAAAUGUUGCUAAUAAUGAGGAAGAAUUUCGUUGUUUCGAAGAAAGUUCUGAAAUUCUAAAUUCCUGCGUUUUCCGUCAAUCAAGUAUGCUGGGCAAGGGUACAUUUAUCAUUCGACGUGGUUCCACUAAACGGCCACCCCGAGCUAUGGAUAUUUUCUCCAAUUAUGAUACAUCCAAAGAUGGUUUAAGUGAAAGUGAACCAGAUGUCGAUUCUGAAUCAGAACGUGCCAAAUAUAUGGCGAAUGAUAUGAGAAAAGAUCCUUUACCAUGUGAUAUUAUAAAAGAUGGCAAUAUACGACAUAGUUUGGAUAUAGGAAAACCAUUAACUUCUCCUAGAGAGCGUUUAUCAUUGAAUUUGGAAUCGCAUCAUGCUCACCACAAUUCACUAAAAAAGGAUCUGUCUCCCAUACAGCAUCUUAGUAAAUCGAAUAUAGAAACGUCCAAAAAAGGCAGCUUAAAAUCAUUGGAUGGUCGUACUAGUUCCGAAUCUAUUAAUAUUGUAAGAACUCCUUGCCAUGACGAGGCCAGUGGUUUUGAUCUUAAGUCUUCGGGAGCCAGUGUCAUAGAUCCCACAAAUAUGUUUGUUUUUAAGCAGUCAUCAAAUGGUGCCAUAAAAGGAGCAGACUUUAGUGAGCUGCGUUCAACUUCUACCACACCUCACACAGAUCUGGCUCCUACCCUGGAAGAAGAUGAGGAGCAAUUAAGUGAUCUGAGUUAUAGUUGUGCUCCUUUGAAACAAAUCGAAAACAAUAUUAGUGCUCUCUUGCGUGGUGAAAUUGCCGUGGCACGCAUGGCUGAUAUAGCAGGACAGCCUGUAGCAAAACGUCCUUUAGAAUUUCGUCCUGGAGUACAUAAAUCGGAAAGUGCCAAAGAAAUGAAAUUAUCACAAAAUGUAUUCGGACCCUUACCGCCAUCACCGCCCUCUUCCAACCCGGAUACUUUUGACUACAAUGAUUUGCCUUUACCACCCUCGCCCUCAGACGAUACUUCGGUGGGCGAAGAUGAUAUAAAACCGCCUGUCAAACCCUUUGUGCAAACCUCUGCAGAAGUUCAUACCCAGUCAGUAUCGCGAGAAGAAUUACGUCCUCAACGGUCAAAGGAACGUGAAAAAUCUCGACCUGUUCACCGUCAUAUGUCUGAUGAAUUGCCUUUACCUCCGCCACCACCACCUCCAACAGCAUUUGAGAAUUUGCCACCUGCCGUGCCACCGCAUCGUCACGGUCAUUCAUCGAAUACUAUGAAAUCUUGGUCAAUUGAUUCGAAUUAUAAACGGAAAUCCCCGCGUAUGAUGGGAGGCUAUGGCAGUGGUGUGACAACACCCACUAGUUCUCAUGGACCUUCAUACGAAGGUAGCGGGGGUGGAGGUUAUGGCACCAGACGUUAUGUAUCCUAUGGAACUAAACGCAGUUUAAAACAGUCCCCCAGAGAGGAACAUCGUUUACAAACAUCCUGUAGUCUACCCGAAACUCCAAUAUUUGCUCGUGGCUGUGACAUACCCCGUACUCCAUAUAGACGCCAAAACGAAAAUACUCCCAGCGGUUCUCGCACGGCCCCUAGAUCCAGUACUUCCAAUAACAUUAAUAUGGGCAAUUCAAUUGUGGGCAUAUCGGGUGGUAAUACUUUCGGUGGGGCUAUGUGUCGUCAACGUUCCAUUAAUCAUGCUUUAGCUUCCAAUGAAAUGCUUAGACUUGCCGGCGCUCCACAGCGGGGCUGGUAUCCUAAACAGCGUUCUAUGCGUCCAGCCUCUACAGAGAAUAUAGAUCGUAUUUCAACCAUGAGACCAUGGGAUGGAACUCCUGGUAUGACCGGCACAGGUCAGGCAAGGAAACCCUUAACACUACCACCCAAUUUGACACCAUCAUUUCUAAAUAAAUCACCCAGAGAAGCUUUACGUAGAGUUACUAGUUUAUUAAUAACCAAGAAAAAACCAAAUAAGGAUAAAAGAAGCAAGUCUGCUUAUACAGCCGAUCAUGCAUUAGAGGCACAUUAUUAUCAAGAUAUCGAAAGAAGCUCCUCUGUUAGCACUGCAAAUACAACAACAAAAGACUCAAAACGUGGCCAAAGUAAUACCGCUGAUAAGCCGAAGAAAAAAGGCAUAUUUAAAACUUUAUGGAAACGUACGAAACAUUUUUCAUUGGAUCAGUAA